CAGGAAGUGAAGUCCCAAGCACGUUAGAAAGCUCAGCCAUGGCCUGACUCCGGACAGCUCAGAGCAGGGCAUACAUGGAGACCUCUGAGACUGUCUGCCUGCCGCAUGGAUACUCUGAAGCCACUCUGUCCCUGGAGAAGCCAGGGGUAAGGAGAGAGGGACAGGGACGAAACUUGUGUGUCAGGAGGAACGUGGUGCCAGGAAACCCCAUUUACUGGAAACGCCAGGGCCCUCGGCCCCUCUCAGGAUCACUUGGUCAGCAGUAGGCUUGGGUGCCCUUGAGGCCAUGUACCUUGACAAGACUUCCCUCAGGAUGGAGCUACUGAGAUUUGACUGAGAUUUGUUGAAGCACAGUGCUAGAUGAAAGUUGGCCAUAUCAACCUGAGCACCAGUGGGAUUUGUCACUUCUUAUCUCCACCCCAGGGGUGGCUCCCCGCUAUCCUACUAGAUUCAGGUCUGGGUUUCCUGCUGCUAUUCAUGAAGAUGCUUUUUAUCUUUAACUUCUUGUUUUCCCCACUUCCAACCCCGGCCCUGCUCUGCCUCCUGACGUUUGGAGCUGCCAUCUUCCUGUGGUUGAUCAACAGACCUCAGCCCGUCUUAUCGCGCAUUGACCUGGACAAGCAGUCUGUGGGGAUUGAGGGAGGAGCCCGGAAAUUUGCUUUCCAGAAGAAUGACCUAGCCCGUUAUUACUUCCCAGACGCCAAGACAAUGUAUGAAAUUUUCCAGAGAGGACUCGCUGUGUCUGACAAUGGGCCCUGCUUGGGAUACAGAAAACCAAACCAACCCUACAGAUGGCUGUCCUACAAACAGGUGUCUGAUCGAGCAGAGUACCUGGGUUCCUGUCUCAUACACAAAGGACAUAAGCCCUCACCGGACCAAUUUAUUGGCAUCUUUGCUCAGAAUAGGCCAGAGUGGGUCAUCUCCGAAUUGGCUUGCUACACUUACUCCAUGGUAGCCAUCCCCCUGUAUGACACCUUGGGAGCAGAAGCCACCGUAUUUAUUGUCAACAAGGCUGAUAUCCCCACUGUCAUCUGUGAUACACCCCAAAAAGCAUCGGUCCUGAUAGAGAAUGUGGAAAAGGGUCUCACCCCAUGCCUGAAGCUGGUCAUUCUCAUGGACCCCUUUGAUGAUGAUUUGAAGCAAAGAGGAGAGAAGUGUGGAGUUGAGGUCUUAUCCCUCUUUGAUGCUGAGAAUCUAGGCAAAGAGAACUUCAGAAAACCCGUGCCUCCAAACCCAGAAGACCUGAGCAUCAUCUGUUUCACCAGUGGGACCACAGGUGACCCCAAAGGAGCUAUGCUAACUCAUGGAAAUAUUGCUUCAAAUGUUGCUGGUUUUCUCAGAAGUGCUGAGAGUGUUUUCCAGCCCACCUGUAACGAUGUGACCAUAUCCUACCUUCCUUUAGCUCACAUGUUUGAAAGAAUUGUACAGGCUGUCAUGUAUUCCUGUGGAGCCCAAGUGGGGUUCUUUCAGGGAGACAUCCGGAUGCUGCCUGAUGAUAUGAAGGCUCUAAAGCCCACGAUUUUCCCCACAGUGCCUCGCCUGGUUAACAAGAUCUACGAUAAGGUACAAAAUGAAGCCAAGACACCCUUGAAGAAGUUCUUGUUGAACUUGGCUGUUGCCAGUAAAUUCAGUGAGGUGAAAAAUGGUAUCAUCAGGCGUGACAGUUUGUGGGAUAAGCUCAUUUUUGCAAAGAUCCAGAACAGCCUGGGUGGGAGGGUUUACCUGGUGAUCACUGCAGCUGCUCCCAUCUCCAGUGCAGUCUUGACAUUCUUCCGGGCAGCAAUGGGAUGUAUGGUAUUUGAAGCUUAUGGUCAAACAGAAUGCACAGGUGGCUGUACCGUUACAUUACCUGGGGACUGGACCUCAGGUCACGUUGGACCUCCUAUGUGUUGCAAUUAUGUGAAGUUGGAAGAUGUACCUGACAUGAACUACUUUUCAGCGAAUAAUGAAGGAGAGAUCUGUAUCAAGGGCCUCAAUGUGUUCCGAGGGUAUCUCAAAGAGCCCGAGAAGACACAGGAGGUUCUGGACAAAGAUGGCUGGCUUCACACUGGAGACAUCGGUCGCUGGCUCCCAAAUGGGACUCUGAAGAUCAUUGACCGGAAAAAGAACAUUUUCAAGCUGGCACAAGGAGAAUAUAUUGCUCCAGAGAAGAUCGAAAACAUCUACAGCAGUAGUGGUCCAGUGUCACAAAUUUUUAUUCAUGGGGAGAGAUUACAGUCGUCCUUAGUAGGAGUGGUGGUUCCUGACCCAGAUGUGCUUCCUUCAUUUGCAGCCAAGCUUGGGAUUAAGGGGUCUCUUGCAGAACUAUGCCAAUCCAAAAUCGUAAAAGAAGCCAUUUUAGAAGACUUGCAGAAAAUUGGGAAAGAAAAUGGCCUUAAAUCCUUUGAACAGGUCAAAAACAUUUUUGUUCAUCCAGAACCAUUUUCCAUUGAAAAUGGACUCUUGACACCAACACUGAAAGCAAAACGAGGACAUCUCACCAAAUGCUUCCAGACCCAAAUUGACAGCCUGUAUGAGAGUAUCCAGGAGUAGGCUGAGGUACUUAUGGCUGAUGGGGAUCUUGGCCUGCUUGCCCACUAUGGGCUGCCUUGUGAGAAUCUGGAUUAAAACCUAUUCUUCCAUUUAUCUCACCAUCCCUCCUAUCUGUUGUUUUGCUUACAGAGUUAUCAAACCCAGGCUUUUGUUUUUCAAUACUGAAAGACUUAUAGUGCCAAAGGAGAGCCCUGAAAUAAAUAAAUCCUGUUCUUCCUAAAUUAAAUGUUGCUGAUGAAAAAACUUCAGGGGGCUACUUUGAUCCACAUAGCUUUCUUCAAAGUCCCAGUUUUGUUCUGUAUUCCUUCCUUACCAUCUCCAACUUAAAGCCAUUUUUAUUUGGGAUCCCUAGUUCUAGGGUCUAAAACAGUGAUGGUGAACCCACUAAGAAAUCCAUUGUUAUUUUCCUUAUUUUAUAGUAAAACCUAGCUUGCCUAAACCUCUUAAUGUUCAAAUCAAGAGAUCUUUAAGUUCUGAAAAGCUGUUUUCAGUUCACGUUUUUCUAGUUACUUCAUAAAACUGAGAAUUUUGAGUUUUAACCUAUCACUCAGAUGUGUGAGGCAAAUGUCUUCUAUGUACUUCUGUAUACACCAUAAUUUAUGUAUAUAAGGGGAAAAUGGUUAUACCAAGCAAAUCCUAUAUUCCCUAGUUAGAUUUCUGACUUGGGAGUAUCAGAAGCUGGGCCUAGGACAUGUCCAAAAAUGAAUGCUGUCUAAGUGUUACCUGGAGUGGUGGUAACCGAAUCUGCUCUUUAGUCUGCUGCUGAGCUGGAAGCUGCAGGGGAGUCGAAACACAUCCAGUAACUUUUCCAGUAGAUGAAGCAAGCACUGAAUAAAACCUUCCUGCACUGGGAACAAAGAUUUAUGGGCAAACAUGCUGUCCAUACCUUAUCUUCUGUGAAGUAACCAACUUUUUCACCCAGACUCCAGCUACUGCUGUACAUUACCACCAGAUCAUAAAUACAUGUUGCUUCUACUUGUAAAUGUACAAUCUUUAAAAUAAAUUGUUGCAGAUA